GGGGGCGGGGCAGCUCGUCCCGGGCUGUCCCACCGCGAAGGCCUCGCGCGCGGAGACCUGACGCCGUCCCCGCCGGGUCCUUGAGGGCAGGGCCGCGCGCGGGCGGAGAGCCCGGUGUCGGCGCGCCCGAUUCCCCGUCCCCUGCAGUCCCCCGAGGCUCGCCGAGAGCCUCUGCGGAGCCCCGCGACGCGCAGGCAGGGUGGCCGCUGCAGCAGGUGUGGAUGGGCCUGACAAGAUGAAAAGCCGAAUCCCUGUGGUGCUCCUGGCCUGUGGCUCCUUCAACCCUAUCACCAACAUGCACCUGCGCUUGUUUGAAGUGGCCAGAGACCACCUGCACCAGACAGGGAUGUACCAGGUGAUCGGGGGUAUCAUCUCUCCUGUCAACGACAAGUACGGGAAGAAAGACCUCGUGGCUGCCCGGCACCGGGUGGCCAUGGCCCGGCUGGCCCUGCAGACGUCCGACUGGAUCCGGGUGGACCCCUGGGAGAGUGAGCAGGCGCAGUGGAUGGAGACGGUGAAGGUGCUGAGGCACCACCACCGCGAACUGCUCAGAUCCCUGCCCCAGAAGGAAGGCCCGGACCGAGACAAGGCUCUCCCUGCGGCCCCCACAGCUGUGCCUGAGCUGAAGCUCCUCUGCGGGGCAGAUGUCCUCAAGACCUUCCAGACCCCCCACCUCUGGAAGGAUGCGCACAUCCAGGAAAUAGUGGAGAAAUUUGGCUUGGUGUGCGUGGGCCGGGCAGGUCACGACCCAGAGCGGUCCAUCUUGAGCCUGCCCAUCCUGCAGAAGUACCGGCACAAUGUUCACCUGGCCAGGGAGCCCGUGCAGAACGAGAUCAGCGCCACGUACAUCCGGCGGGCCUUGAGCCAAGGGCAGAGCGUGAAGUACCUGCUCCCCGAUGCCGUCAUCGACUACAUCAAGGAACACAACCUCUAUACCAAGGACAGUUCCUGGAAAGACAAUAGCACCCAGAGGAACUAGGGAAAGACGAGCGGGGGAGGGCCAGCCACUCCUCCUCCACCGAGCUCCACCUGAGGAGACGCUGUUAGGGGCUUUGUGUUCCUUUUUUUUGCUUUUCCAUCUUUCAUUUGUUCUAUUUUGACAGUGAUUUUACUUCCGAGGCAUCUUCUGUCCCAGAAAGAGACACCUUCUUUUGGGAGGAGCAGGUGUGUACAUCAUAGGGAUGGACAGAGAAGUUAAAAUGGUGUGGCAGGUCAUUAGGUUUAGGCAGAAGCUCUCAGAACCUCUGGCUGCAGAGGCCGUAUUUUGUAAAUGGUUUCAUGGCGUGCGUGCGCACUGAAGGCAGUUCUGCGCAUGGCAGGGCCCCCGAGGGUCAGGUCAGAAUUGCCCAAGGUGCGAUUUUUAACUCGGACCAGGUGCAGCCUGCGGGGCUUGAUUGGAGAGACCUGACAGGAUGCUAAUUACCAAACAGCGGGCUUUGUCAACGCCUCACUUCAAACAAAAUAAUACUAAUUGAGUCAAAAAUUUGGAAGCAGCACUUUGCUGAUUUACAUUGAACCUUCCCUCAUGAGCUACUGUCUGCCUGCCUACUGGCCGUUACUAAAGUUUAAACUAAAUUCUUUCUAAGUAGUGAUCCUCAAACAGUAUUUUUGAUACAGCAGAUAUUUUUAACACAGCUCUUCUAUAAAUGCCAGGGCUCCUGAUUUCCAGGUUUCUAAAAAGGAACUGAGGUAAAACAGAUGCCUUGACUGUUUUAGAGGAUCUUUUUGAAUGUUUUAUGACUGCCUGCCUGUUUGAAUAUUGGCAAAGGAAUAAAUAAUAAAUUGACAUCAAAAAGUA